AUGGCCUCGUCUCGCCCCUCCCAGCCUCAGCACCAGCCUGCUCCUCACGCAAACCAAGCCCAGACGCCGAUGCAACAGCAGCAACAGCGAGGCCCUGGACUGUUUGGGCAAAUGGCCUCGACAGCAGCCGGCGUAGCUGUGGGAUCUUCGGUCGGACACGGGCUCUCCAACAUGUUCUUUGGCGGCGGCGGGAGCUCGCAGGAGCCCGCACCGGCCCCGGACGCCUCGGUUUCUAACGCUGGCUACGGCAGCCCCAGCAACCCCGGCCAGCCGGGUAUGAGUUGCGAGGUUCAAAGCAAAGAUUUCCUUCGGUGCCUUGAUGCAACCAACAACGACAUGAACUCGUGUGCUUUUUACCUUGACCAGCUCAAGGCGUGCCAGGCCGCUGCUCGUCCGUACUGA